GCAGAUAAAAGUGGAGCAGGAAGGCAUCAACAAGUCAGCCAGGAUGUAAUAUUUCCUUGUAGGGCUGAGAAGUCUGACCAACUCAUUUGCAUGUCCCUCCUUUGCUCCGGCAUGUUUACCAUGCGGGACAGGAGCUGAAUGAGAGCUGCAUUUCUCUGCCUGGGAGUUCAGCUCUGCAUCUCCACAAAGCCUCCUCUCUGCUGGGAACAACUCCACUGCUGCUGCUGCUGCUGCUCGGGACUAUGUGAAACCAGGAGAUAUACCUCCAUUUCCACAGGUGUCCAUGCUUCUCUGGUGUGUUUUUGUGCACCUUCUGCUUAUUAUUUGAGGAGCUGUUGAUACUUCCAUGGCGUCUGAAGGAGCUCUGGCCAAGAGGAGCAACCUGGCUGCUUCCAGAGUCCACUGGAGCAACAUUGACCUCCCUGAGUUCACCCCGGACCAGGACCAGGACCAUCACGGAAAUUCGAGCCAGGACAGUGUCAGGAAAUGGCUCACCACCACAGAGGAAGAUGCAAAGCAUGAGCCACUGCAGGAAGCUGCAGAGCCUCUGAAGAGGAGCGCCAGCAGUGACGAUGACCUGGCCUUGGGGCUAGAAGCGUCUCUAUAUGGUAGCCGGGGGGCGAGGACGGUCCAGGAGUUUCUGUGGAGGAGCCGGUCAAGUCCUUUCCUCAGCCGGUGGAACAGCAUCAACUCAACAAUCUCAGCUCACUCCGGAGCACUCAGUGUGAUGGACAUCCUGAACCUGUGGAACGACGACCCGGAGGAGGUUCUGCUGGAGAUGGGCUUUGGCUGCGACGAGCCUGACCUCUCCGGACGCAUCCCGGCUCGAUUCAUCAACUACCAGUCUCAGGCCAAAGGGAUAAACCUGCAGGUGUUUCUGGAGGCCCAGCAGAACCGGCUGGACCUGGAGAACCCAGACGUCAGCAAUCGCUUCAGACAGCUCGAGGUUCUCCAGCAGGUGACCACAGCGUUCUCCUCCCUGGUGGGGCCUUCCUCCCCCCUCAGAGAACCCCUGGGGAAAGCUCUGACUCCUGAGGCCCGGGAGAAGAGGCGGCACGUGGGCAUGCUGUUCAGGCGAGCAUCAAAGAAGUCACUCAGCCAAAUCCACAACCAGAAGUCUCAGGACCUAACCACACCGGCUGCUGAUCCACCUGAAGCUAUGCAACCUCCAUCCAGCCUUGGAGACAAGAAAUCUGUCUUAAAAAGAGCCAAACCUGGACUCCUGGAGACCGUGUUUCUGAGUCCUCUGGCAGAGGAACAAGGACCCGGUCCGGACCCAAAUAUGGCUGCUUUCACAGUCCAGGGGGGAACCCUCAGACACGGGCCCCUGACAGAAGGUCAACCCAGACCCCCAGCCAAAGUUUUACUGAGGAAGAGGAGCACAGGACCGGCCAGGGAAUCAUUUGAAAUGGAAGAGAUCCACAGUUUUGAUGAAAGUAGUGUGACAGGGAGCUGCACAGGAGGAGCAGAACAUUUAGCGCAGAGUUUCAUGCGGUCCACCAGCUGCCAGUCAGACAGCAGUGGGUUUUUAGAGGAGCCCAUCAUCCCCCCCCUCAGUCAGCAGGCAGCACCGGGACAAGAUCUCCUCAAGGCUUUGUCAGGCUUGCUGGGAGGAAGCACCGACAGCCAGAUCAGUGAGAAUCCAGACUCCACCUCUCCAACUUCCCCUCAUACCGCUUCAUCUCUGCCACUCUCGUCAUCUCCAACCUCUUCUGGUGCGGACAAGUCUCUCCUUUCACCAGAGCCUUCGUUAGUUUUCCCCCAUUCCCCAUCUCCCGUUUUAUCGCGUCUCCUGGAAUCCAACCUGCAGAGUUUACAGACCCCACGUGAUCAGGAUCAGUCUGCUUCGCUGCCUGCCUCUUUAACUCCAGAUUCAGAGGAGAUUAAAACUGAGGACCAGGAUGCUCCACACCCCCACCUCUCUGGUCCAUCCCAUGACUCUGAGAGCACAACGUGCCUGAGUGACCCUCCUCCUCCUGCCUCAUCUCCCUCUCCAAAUUUGGCUUGUUUGUUUUCUGCGCCGAUUGCCACGCAGUCUGACUCCUCCUCUGGGAACAGAGAGUCAAAACGGGCUGAGUUGGCUUCACGUGGGAAUUCCCUCUCUGAUUCCUCACCAUCCUCACAUCCCUUUUCAACUCCUGAUCGUAGUUGUCCACCCUCUCCUGAAUUUCAACCGGAAGUAAAGUCCCUUUCCUCAGACGAAAUAAGCCUCUCUUAUCCACUAAAGGAAGAGGACACCAUCAAUCCCUCAGCUCCUGUCCUGGACUCCUCUGAGUCUGAGGAGGUUUGUCCCACACCGCCUUCUCCUAAACCUUCCAGUCCGGUUUGUCAAUUCUCAUCACAAUGCCAGGAUGGUGAGGUAGAUCGAGCUGUUGAAAGAAUUCCAGGCCUUUCAGAGCACUCCCAACAGGUCAAAGCAAGUCAUGAUGAUAACUUACAUCCAGCCCCUCCUGUCCAAGAUGUCUUCCAGAGGAAUCACCUCCCGUUAGGCUUUGAGGAUACCCAUCGGACGGGGGGGCAGGGAGGGGAGGAGGGCGCUGACACUGUGCAGACUCCAGAGGUUUACAUCCCAGACAGCUCUGCAGGCCUGUCAGCAAGUUCAAGAUUAGUCUGUGAGGAAGUAUGUAACCAAACAGAAAUAGAUCCGCAGCUCCAGUCAUGGAGUUUGCAAGAGGAGCUUUCAGCUGGAAGCAAACCGGAAGAGAGUCAAAGGGGAUCAGACAGAGAAUCACUCACUUCAGUUUUACGUGAUGAUGUGCCAGAAGCGCACAGCAGACCUGAAGUGGAACCAAAGGGUCUGAUAAAGGUCCAGAGCUUGGACCUGGUGUUUCAAACCUCAGUGGACGGCUCUGGAAGUGAAAGUGAAGAUAUGGAGGCGUUUCUUGAGCGGCUUGAUAAUGAAGGGCGAGUCUAUUGGGCGGAACCGAUCCAGGUUUCCAAUCCGACUCCUGAAGCAGGCAGCUUUGAAACCCCUGACGAAUCUCCUGGGAAUACAAAUGCAGCUUUUUCAUCCACAGGCAGAGACAUGACUUCAUCUGUGACAUCCUCAACAACAAUGGACACGAACCAGACGUCACCAAAUGCAACUUCCUCCUCAGGUUCACCCUCCUCUUUGACGCGACCAUUAGCAUCCCCCGUCGCAUCUUCAAACCUGAAACCGUCAAGUCGCUCCGUCUCUAUCCAGAUGUCCUCAUCUCCUUCCUCUCAUAUUGUCCACAGGACGGAUGUUCCCUUCACGACUCACUCCAAACGCUCCCCUCUCCCUAGUGUCCUCCCUUUGGACACCUCCAGUCCUUUCCGCGCUGUCCAAUCAUGGACAGACCUGCACAUCCAACGACACACCCUCACCCAGAAGUUAUCACACGGGGGGGUUCAUUCUGCCCCAUAUGAAGUGACCGUAUCCACUGGAAUGAUACCAAACCCUACACCGAACUUCUCCUCGUCUCCAUAUUUGCCUAAAGAAUGGGAGUCACAUGACUAUCUCCCUAUGUUGGUGUCUGUGGAUAAAGGGCUGUGGACCGAUGAGGAGGAGGAGGUGGACAGGAAUGGAGGGGAAUAUGAGGACAAGCUUUGGGAGAGUCCUCACACUGAGACCAUCGCAUGUUGCUCCUCCUGCGACCAGCAGUGUACCUGCAGGCACGGAGAGCAACGGGGGGAUAUUCCUUACUCUCUGGAUGAGUUGGAGGAGAUGAUGCUGUGUCUGCAGCAGUUUCGCUCCGUGCUCAGCAACAUGGAAGAGCAGCUCUCUGAGGACCAGGCUGCCGUUUACAGUGCUCUCUCCGACCAGGACAGGGUGAAGGUUCAGGACAUAGAGGAGCUGAGGCGGGCGGUGCAGCAGGAGGCGGAGGAGCUGGAGCUGCAGCUGAAUGAACUCGCCCAUCACUACGAUGACAGCUUGAAAAUGAAGAUGCACAGGCUGUUGGAUGAGCAGUCUCUGCUCUGCUCUCAGCUCAGCGUCCUACCUGGAGCGGGACCCCCCUCCUCGAGCCCGCCUCCCCCCGGCAGGACGGUAGCCACUCAGUGCUGCAUGCGGCUCGGGACCCCCCCCGCAGCGGAGGAGACCCUCAGACAGUCCCCCCCUGGAUCAAAGUGCCUCUGUGAGGGCCUGGACAUGAAGCUGGACAUGAUGGGCUUCCUGCAGAGAUUGAAGGAGUCUCUGCGUCAUUCUGUGAACACAGACUCCUUGGAGUAAAAGGUGUCAGUGGUGCUGCCUGAGAACCAGGGGGGCCUGAAGUCUUCCAUUCACUGAAGAAUAUUUUUUCAGAUAUACGACUUUUGUAAUAAUUGUUCAUAUUUGCCUCUAGAAACACUACGAGCUGCAUGAGAAGCAAACGUUGUUGUUAAGGAAAAAUGUGUAAUAAAAGAAAAGCAAUAACGGCAUAGGAUAGGCUGUUUAAACAUAAAAACAUGUUUUAAAUAUAUAUAUUUAUAUAAAUGUAAGUAUUUAAUACACAUGAGGCCUCUGCUCAGAAAGCACAAAGCUUCGUAUGAAUAAUACCACUACAAUAAACCGUAGAACAGUGA